AUGGCUACCCAAACGCAAACCACCGCUUCGCAGCAUUUGACCAUCGUUGCCGAGCCUCAUGAUGUUGAGACAGAGAUCCUCUACACCAAAGAAGCCGGCGUCGUGAAGGACGUCCGCCCGAACGUCAAGGACUUCACCCUCGAGAAGAAUGGCUUCCAAUACGUGCACCACUCAGUCCCGCAAGACCACUUCGCCAAUGAGGACGCAAUCAAGACCCUUCAUUACAAAGAGAUGGAGGCUUUCAUCGCGAAAACUGUCGGUGCCAAAGACGUGAUGAUCUACAAUCACAUCGUCCGCAACGCGCCCCUCUCGACCGACGACAAGAACAGGCAAGGUUACGUCGGUCCCGCAUACCGCUGCCACAUCGACGUCUCCACCGACUUCUCCAAGGAGAUCGUGGAGCAAAAUCUCAAGCGAUUUGGAAAGGACGCCUCUCUGAAGGACGGCAAGUGGCAGCUUCUCAACGUCUGGCGUCCACUCAAAACCAUCCGUAGGGAUCCCCUGGCAGUGUCCGACGCCAACACCAUACCCUACUCCGACCAGCACAUCGUUACACAUGAGCGAAAGUACACUGUGGACGGUGAGGAGAAGGUGAUGAAAGUGGAAAGCCCUUUCACCCGGAGGAAUGACGGGCACCAGUUCUAUUACAUGCAUGAACAGCAGCCGCACGAUGUUCUGAUAUUCAAGACGGCCGACAGCGACGCUACUGCGGUCGGCGCCGCCACGCACACUUCGUUUACCGUGCCAGGAACGGAGAAUUUGCCGACGCGGGAGAGCAUUGAGAUGCGUGUUUUGGUGACUUACUAG